UUCUCUGAACAUAAAAUGCACAUAAUGCCUCCAUCGUUAAGACUUUGACAGCUGCUUGUCUCAUCUCCCCGACCGACCUGCGCCGGUGGACUGAUUCUUGAUAGAAGAACACAAUGAUUGGCCACGGUCUGGUCGGUUACAAAAAUGUUUCUCUGGGAGUCUGACAGCGCGACCGUCACGAACGACAACAAAGUUGUCGUCUAGCCGAGUCAUGUGGACAAAGCCAUAAGACAUACUCUGAGAGCCCCGCCCCCCUUCAUCCCCCAGACACCGCCUGAACACACGCCCCUGUCUGGGCGGUUUGAGCGGGCUUUGUGUGUAUGGGGGUGGGGGUAGGGGUUCAACAGCUACAUCUUAGCAACAGUGGCUUAGUCAUGUUGCCACACAGCCCCCUUUUUUAUUAAAUGCAGCCCGUUGCCCCUCCCCUAAUCUCCUCCCAGUUUGUUCCUCUGCUUUAUCCAAAUGACCUUUUCUGGGACUGCUUUUUAAAUUAAUUAAUUAAUUUAUUUAUUUAAGUCUCUUACUUGUCUCCGUUGUGCACUGAUUUCCAUGGGCAUGAAUGAAUGUCAUCUUUCGUCGCCCAUAACGUCCCGUUUUUUCCAUCCAGUUUUCAACCAGUGGGUCCACCGCACACUCACAUGCAAACCAUACCAGUCAAAAUAAGUAUCAGGACAUUAAAAGCCAAAAGUUUAAUUUGCGAACGGGGAGGUGAGUUCUUUCCUUCUGCCCGAAUGUAAAGAGCUUGAUGUUCUUUCUUUCUUUCUUUUUUAAUGGUUCAUACUAUGCACUCCGUGAGCCACCACCUGACUGUGGUGGAGGGGUUUGUGUGUCCCAAUUAUUCUAGGAGCUAAGUUGUCUGGGGCUUUAUUUAUGCCCAUGGCAAACAGGUCCUAGAUGAGGGACCAGACAAAGCACGAUUCAUAUGACCUUUUCUGAUUAAUAACACAAAAGGACUUAGUUUUCCCUUGGCCGAAUACGGGUCAAUGAGAUUGAUUGAGCUGCUGCUAACCUUAGCAAGGAGUCCUAUUGGACCUUUAUGGCCUUUGGGACUUGGAGGCAGCCGAUAGAUGCUGACUGGCCAAGCGGAACGUAGCAUCGACCGUCACCGAGGCAAAGACUCAGGGGAGGACUUCGGUGACACCAAUUUCCUGACGGCUUUGAGGAAAUUCUGGUCUAACAUCCGGCAUCUCAGCAGACAUAAGCAGUGCACCGUUAACAUUGUGUAUAGUUAAGAUGGGACGCUGCUGACUGCGACUCGGGACGUUGUGAAUCGGUGGGGAAAAUAUUUUGAAGACCUUGUCAAUUCCACUGACCUGCCUUACUGAGAGGAAUCAGAGUCUGGAGACUCUGACUUGGGCUCUCCUAUCUCUGGAGUUGAAGUCACCAAGGUGGUUAAAAAGCUCUUCAGUGGCAUAGCCCACCACGGGGUGGAUGAGAACCACUAGGAGUUUCUUAAGGUUCUCUAUGUUGUGGGGCUGUCCUGUUUGACACGCCUAAACAACAUCACAUGGACAUCAGGGACAGCGCCGCUGGCUUGGUAGACCAGGGUCGUGGUCCCUCUUUUAAAGAAGGGGGACUGGAGAGUGUUCACCCGCAGUUCAUUUCUGUUAGUGUCGGACACAUUUUUUCUUUACGUUCUGAGCGUGUCUUUUUCACUGAACAAAAUGCCACAGUGCUUCAAAGUUAGUGACACUCUUUAACUGUAGGGCUAGCCCUGUUGACAUGACCAGUUCUUUCACUUCUUCUUCUUCAGGCAUCAAUGACUCCAGGAUUGAGGUGGCUAGACUUUACCGGAUGUCCGAGAAAGCUCUAUGGGCCAGAAGAAUCAUGCGGAAGCAGGACCUGGCCGCAUCCUCGACUUGGGGCUUGAGUAUCUCCAUGUAGCAGGGGCUGACCGUCAGGCUGGCAGCGCUGACGAGCCUCCUGCCAUGGAGGGGCAGGGGGACGCUGGUACCACCCCAACUCCCCUUGCAGCCGUGGCAGAGGAAUAUAGCUGUUACGACAGAGAGGGCAAGCCACGGGCUUCUCCCACUCCCCGGCUUACUGGUGACCUCAACCCCCACAGAGGAGAGAGCGGCUCAUCUCACAGCAAAAGCACCCACCAGCCGCUCUGUCGGACCCAGUGUGUGGACUUGGGGACCGAAGGACCACCCGAGCCGCCAGUCGAACUUUCAUCAGAGGGCCGACGAGACGGGCCUGCCCUGCUCCAGCAUCCACCUUUGUCUCAGGAAAACCCCUCCAAUUCUGGGCCCGCACCCGACGAGCAAUAUCAGGCCAAACUGGGAUUUGCGCUCAAACUGGGCUAUUCCGAGGAGACGGUGCGGCUGGUACUCUCCAAGCUGGGACCGCGCACUUUGAUCAACGACAUCCUGGGAGAGCUGGUCAAACGGGGCUCUAAAGAUGGCGAGCAACCAGUCGGGUCGUCUGCCUCCACUUCGACGUCGUCGUCCUCUUGUUCCUCUUACAGUUCCUCCGAUUUGCCAGCAGCUCUGGGAUUGGACUCACCGUGCCUGCCAGACCCUUUGUGUGACCAAGAAAUCCUGCGGCCUGUCGUGGUGGACGGUAGUAAUGUGGCCAUGAGCCACGGCAACAAGGAGGUGUUCUCCUGCCAGGGAAUCCAGCUGGCUGUUGACUGGUUUUUAGAACGUGGCCACCACGAUGUCACCGUUUUCGUUCCAGCAUGGAGGAAGGAGCAGUCUCGGCCGGACGCCCCAAUAACAGACCAAGAGAUCCUGCGGCGUCUGGAGAAGGAGAAGAUCCUUGUGUUCACUCCUUCACGCCGCGUGCAAGGUCGGCGUGUGGUCUGUUACGAUGACCGCUUUAUCGUCAAGCUAGCUUACGAGUCGGACGGCAUCAUCGUGUCAAACGACAACUACAGAGACCUCGCCAAUGAGAAACCUGAGUGGAAGAAGUUCAUCGACGAGCGACUACUCAUGUACUCCUUUGUCAAUGACAAAUUCAUGCCACCAGAUGACCCACUCGGCCGACACGGUCCCAGCUUGGACAACUUCUUGAGGAAAAGACCUGUGAUGCCCGAGCAGAAAAAACAGCCUUGUCCGUAUGGAAAGAAGUGCACUUAUGGCCACAAAUGUAAGUACUACCACCCGGAGAGAGGCGCUCAGCCGCAACGCGCUGUGGCCGAUGAGCUGCGGGCCAGCGCUAAGACCUGCGUUGCCACCAAGAACCAGGGCGACACCGGGCUGGUGAAGAGCCACAGCAUGCCAGCUCGCAGCAUCGAGGCAAAGAAAGGUGUGGCAAAACGGCAGUCUGACCCUGGUGUCCGAGCUCUGUCGUACAGCGACGCAGAGGAGAAACUGGCAGCGAAAGACAGGACAGAAAGUCAGAGGACCGGCGUAUCAGGCGCUGUCGGUAAUUGCACCGGGACCGCAAGCAUGUCCACCGUCCUCCCGGGAGGUCAGCCCCCCGGCGCUCAGCAGGACCAACAGUCCCGAGCAGGCACCCCUCAGUGUGUCCCUCCAGCCCCCAGUCAUGACCUCUACCCACACUGUGAGUCCCCAGACCUGAGCUGCUACUCGGCGGCGCACGCCUACAGCAACCUGCGCAUCUCAUCCAGGCAGAGCCCAGACAGUCGCAACCCCCAGGACGGGGAUCUCAGGCUGGGCUCCAUAGGAUCGGCCGGCUCCGAAUGCGGCAGUGAAAGCAGCAGCUGCGACUCGUACAGCGAGCGGCCGUGUCACGCUUGCCAGGAUAGCAUGGUUGAGGAUGCCGGCCAUUACGCCAACACCCACGGUCGGCUACAUUUCCGUCAAGCUGCAGGAAGCCACGAACUGUGCAGCCUUCAUUUGGCUGAUCAUACCAGUGUGCCACACAGUAAAAUGACGAACUCGGGAGUGCACGGCUAUGAUACAAGCGCAGCACCAGGCCAAAGCUGGGAUCACAGUCGGUCUCUCUACGCAUUACCCCUUCAUUUCCACCACCAGCCAUUUGCUACACGAUCGAGCUGUCCGGCCGACUACCACACACUCGCUGCGUCUAAUACCCCUGACUCUCCUCUGGGCCGCCGCGUGGCUCCUCCCAGAGCAGAGAGCGGAUCAGAAUCUCGUCUUUACGAUAAUCUGUGCAUAUUCCAACAUCACCACCGAACGAAAGCUUUGUCCACUUGGGAUACGUACUAUAGGGAGCCGCCGGCGCUUCCUCGGUACGGGCCCGGUGCCUAUCCUUGCCUGUCGGACACAUGGCAGGCAUCGUGGCACUCUCCUCAGUGGGCACAAGAUGGCUACACAUCGCGCCACUUGUCUCAUCUCUCUCUCCACACAGCUCCGUCGCACUAUUUAAGUCACCCCUCUGCUCAAUCUUCUCUCCCACCCCACCUCGCCCCGUCAUCUUACACCUCGCAGCUUCCCGAGUCCCCCGGAGAGCAGAGAGCGGAUCAGAAUCUCGUCUUUACGAUAAUCUGUGCAUAUUCCAACAUCACCACCGAACGAAAGCUUUGUCCACUUGGGAUACGUACUAUAGGGAGCCGCCGGCGCUUCCUCGGUACGGGCCCGGUGCCUAUCCUUGCCUGUCGGACACAUGGCAGGCAUCGUGGCACUCUCCUCAGUGGGCACAAGAUGGCUACACAUCGCGCCACUUGUCUCAUCUCUCUCUCCACACAGCUCCGUCGCACUAUUUAAGUCACCCCUCUGCUCAAUCUUCUCUCCCACCCCACCUCGCCCCGUCAUCUUACACCUCGCAGCUUCCCGAGUCCCCCGGCGGGGACGCGAGGGAGAAAGCGUACGCCAACCUGUGCAAUAUCUUCCCCUCUGAGCUGGUGAGUCGGGUGAUGGCCAGGAGCCCCCAUGUGACGGACCCCCAGCAGCUCGCAGCCGCCAUCCUGGCAGAGAAAGCAAAUAUGAGCUACUGAAGCAAGUUUUCAGCACUUAUGUUGGGAAUCCACCUUGAAUGAACAACAGCAAAAUGCUGAUGGAUCAGCUGUCAAGAUCUGUUUUGAUGACUAAAUCACUGAACAUGUCAGAUUUUGUGGAAAGUGUCACCAUUACUUAUUUGUUAAGCAGCACAGUGUGUGCAAGUUACGUCGAGGUUGCACACCAAAAUUAAUUUGUGUGUUUUUGGCUUUUUUUUGCGUGCUGAUGAUAGACAGCUCGUCAUCUUGUUGGAGAUGACGCAAGUGUUUUGGGCCACGUGGAGAUGGUCGAUCCUGUGGUGUGUACCUUAGUUUUAGUAAGGGACAUCUCUUUCUCAUAUUGCGCUCUCCAAGUAUACAUAUAAAUGUAUGUAUCUAUAGAU